AUGUCCGAACGAAAAGUCCUCUCCAAGUACUACCCUCCCGACUUCGACCCUUCCAAACUUGUCCGCCAGCGUGGUCCUAAGCAAGUCGGCCCCAAAGUCCAGACCGUCCGCCUCAUGGCACCCUUCUCCAUGAAGUGCACUCACUGCGGCGAGUUCAUCUACAAAGGACGAAAGUUCAACGCCCGCAAGGAAACUACCGACGAAAAGUACUACAAGAUCACAAUCUUCCGCUUCUACAUCCGAUGUACGCGUUGCUCCGGCGAAAUCACCUUCAAAACCGACCCCAGGAAUAUGGACUACGAGUGCGAAAAGGGCGCUAAGCGCAACUUCGAGCCCUGGCGGGAGGCUAAGCUGAACGAAGAGACCGAGGAGGAGCGCCUAGAUCGUCUUGAGCGGGAAGAAGCAGAGCGCGACGCCAUGAAGGAGCUGGAGACCAAGGUCCACGAUGCGAAACAGGAGAUGGCCAUCGCGGAUGCCUUGGAUGAAAUGCGAUCACGAAAUGCACGGAGAGAACAGGCGGCGAAGGAAGGCACCCUUAGCAACAUUGAGGUUGACGAUGUUGAUGAGAUGCGGAAGAGGCAGGACGAGGAGGAUGACGAAGCUGCCCGAAAAGCGUUUGAGAGAUUUGCCUUGAUGCCCAACAUCGAGGAAGAAGUCAUCGAGGUCGAGGUUCCUGAUAUCCCGGUACAGGCGCCCGUGGUUACUGCGUUCGCCAAAAAGCCCAAGGAGAAAAAGGACUUUAGUGCUGCCCUAGGUUUGAAGAAGAAGCCUGUGGUCGUGGACCUGGCCCCGCCCCAGAAACCGAUCCAGCCUACACAGCCUUCAGCUUUAUUGGCAGGCUACGACAGCGACGACGACUGA